AUGACAGAAGACGUGACGCUGACUUCAAUCAUCACAACUUCUAUUGAUCAACCACUAGGUGAUAUUGUUGAAAAUUGGACGCCUCGUCUUCAUCCUCUUGCUAAUCCACAAUAUUAUACACUUCAAGUUAAUGAUACUGCUGUUGGAUUUAUUGCUUUUGCAAAUGUUAAUCAAGAAUAUGGUACAAUUGAAAUAGGACACGUAAAUUUUAGUGCACAAUUAUUACGGACUCGUUCAGCUACAGGAGCAAAUUAUUUAUUGUUACACUAUGCAUUUGAUAUAUUAAGUUUCAGAAGAGUAGAAUGGCCAUGUAAUGCGUUGAAUGCUAAAUCUCGACGAGCUGCAUUACGAUUAGGUUUUCAAUAUGAAGGUACAUGGAUCAAAUCAGAUUUAUCUAGAGGUCAAUCAAGAGAUAAGUCAUGGUUUAGUAUUGUCGAUGAUGAAUGGGUACAAUUAAUACAAGAAUUUCAACGUUGGUUGAAUCCAGCGAAUUUUGAUAGCAAUGGACAACAAUUAACAAAACUUAAUGCAGCACAAAUCAAUCCACGUAGUAAUAAAAAAAGAGAAUAA